AUGUCUGUCACGGGGAAGCCUUCAGAGGCGCAUUCUCCCAAGCGCCGAAAAUUGAGCCACAGUAGGGAGAAAAGUGAUAUUGACACCUCAAAAUCAUCCGGGAACGCCAACGGCUUUGCACAAGACUCUUCGCCAAGUGGAACUGGACUUCAGCAACAAGAUGCGGCUCGGGAUGGAAGAACAAAACGUCCCGUGGCGAACAGCACUACUGUUCUCCCAACGGGCGGACUCAACAAGUCAUCUGUCCUAGCUCUUCAAGUGGCUGACCUGAACAAGGAAGUCACCCCGAAUUAUGCAAGACUCCGACCCAAGUGGACUGGAAUCCUGAACAACCUGGAGGCCACCAUCAAGCAAUUGCCGCCACGACCUCCCGUGACCGCGGUGGAUGCUUUGAAACAAUUCAAGAAGCAGGAGAUCAGGAUCCCAUUUCCUGAACCCCAACCUUCGAAAGAAACACAUUACAAGUUCGAGUUCAAAUCUCCUCAGCACUUGAUUGUUGGUGGAGCGUUGCCCCUGGAGUUGAGUGUCAAGGGUGAGAACGUCGUCGAACUCACAGCGGUCAUGCCGGAAGGGCUUCUACAGGAGAAAGAUUAUCUAAAUGCUCGAGCACCUCACAAAGCUGCAUUCUACCUCGCUUGCAUUGCAUCGGCGAUCAAGGAAAAGCAUGGAGCUGAUCUCGACGUAUCUUUCUCAUAUUUGUGCGACGUGGACCUCUUGCCUAUAGUCGAACUUGUGCCCCGGGAUUCGGCAGAAUCGAAAUUCACAUUCCGAAUUGCUGUUGGGUUUCCUGAUGCUUCUAUACCAGUGGCAAAGACUCUGCCGACGAAGAACUGUCUCCGACACGGAACUUCCGACGAAUCAGGGAAUUCUGACCAGCCUACUCCUUUCUACAACAGCGCUAUUCGUUCGGCGGCAUUAGUUAAGGCUUUCGACGAUCUCAUUCAAAAGACGAGAAGUCCGGCUUUCGAUGACGCAUGUCGCAUUGGUCAGAUCUGGCUGAGGCAGAGGGGAUUUUCUAGCUCGGCCAGAUCGGGAGGUUUUGGCUGGCGCGAAUGGUGCUUUAUGUGUGCCUUGUUUCUCAGUGGAGGUGGUCAUAGGGGCCAUCCGCUGUUUUCCAAGCAGUACAGCAGCCUUCAGUUCUUCAAGGCAGUCCUCCAGAUUCUCGCUGGACGAGAUCUUCGAGAUCCCAUGGUGCUCAACACUGCGAGUCUUGAGAUCCCACGGUCAGAAUAUCCCGUCCUUUUCGACGGAAAAACGGGGGUGAAUGUGCUGUACAAAAUGAGCCCCUGGUCAUAUCAGUCUUUGCGGCAUCAUGCUCAGAUUUCCUUGGCUACCGUCAAUUCCCGGAACGAUGACAGCUAUGAUACUACUUUUUCCUCGAAUGUUGCAACCGCUGUGUUGCAAUAUGACGAGCUGUUCUCCGUCAAGAUUCCCGCGGCCAUGUGCAAGACCGCAACCGAGGAGCGAGACUUUCUUCUGCGGAUGCACGCUACACUAGUACGUGGUCUGGGAGACAGGGCCUCCCUGGUUGAUUUCAAGCUACCGCAACGGUCCAAGUGGUCUCUGAACCAAACUGCUGAUGUCAAGGAUAAGGGAGACUACGAACUGGAGGUCGCUUUGCUCACAAAUCCGGACAACGUGGGUCGUCUUGUAGACCACGGUCCAGAAGCAGAUGAGCAAGAUGAAGCAGCUGAUUUCCGGAAGUUCUGGGGCGAGAAAGCGGAGCUACGUCGCUUUCGAGAUGGGACAAUCUCGGAGAGCCUGGUAUGGGCGCCGGGAAGUCCUGUUACGCUGCAGAUCAUCACUUAUCUUGCAACGCUCCAUUUCAGAUUACCGCCCAGCUCUGUGUCGGCUGUAGGGCAGGAUCUGGAAGUGAACAUCCUAGAAACAGGAUCGUCCAUGAGUGCGAAGGACGCUUUCAGAAUCAUCGGGUCGACAUUCCAAACCUUGACAUCAACGCUGCACGGACUAGACAAUCUCCCUCUGCCCAUUCGGUCGAUCUUUCCAGCAGAUCCAGGUCUACGCUCUUCAUCCGUUGGCCAUCCACUCCUGUCACAGAGUACGCGGCCACUCAACAUGAUUAUCGAAUUCGAAUCUUCGACAAGAUGGCCCGACUCUCUUCCUGCCAUCCAGUACACCAAGAUAGCAUUCCUCCUCAAGCUCGCAGAACUUCUCACAGCAAAGAAUACCGACCUGGAAACUCGUGUUGGAUUAGAAAACACCGAAUCCGCCGUCACGGGCCGCUUCAACACCUCGUUCCUCGAUAUCAUUUAUCCAUCCCCAGGUCCGGGAUUGAGUCCGAUCUGUUUCCGAGCCCGGAUCCACCACGAUCGCGAGGAACAUCUGCUACAGACCGCACUCGUCGACAAAUCGCUCCACGGCUCCGUCAGAGACUCUCUCACUACAGCACUGGCAACACACAGACGAGACUUCCUUGCUCAACCGAUGCAUACGACCGCGAUACGCAACUUGUGUACACGCUUCCCGCCCCUGUCGGCCACCAUUCGAUUAUUUAAGAAAUGGGUCUCCUCCCAUUUACUGUUGCAACACAUCCCAGAAGAAAUCAUGGAGAUCAUCGCAGCACAUGUCCAUGUGCACCCGGCGCCCUGGUCGACUCCUGGCUCCUCGACGACCGCGUUUCUGAGAUGUCUGCACCUCCUGUCACGCUGGGACUGGGCAUCGGCGCCUCUCAUUGUCGACCUCAGCUUGGCCCAAGACAUGGCUGCCUCCCAGCUGUCCGAGAUCACGAGGCGCUUUCAAGCGUGGCGCAAACUCGACCCCAGCAUGAACAACGUGGUCUGGUUCGUCGGCACAAAUCUCGACACUACAGGCACCGUGUGGACGCAGGGCUCCCGGCCGCCGCGCGUGGUGGCUGGACGACUGACGGCGCUCGCUCGGGCUGCUGUCGAUGUUGUGGUGCGCAAGGCUACCCAGAUGGACGACUCGGACUGGACGGGACUGUUCACAAGUCCACUGGGCGAUUACGAUUUCCUGAUCCACCUCAAGCCCUCUGUGUUGCGGUCCAAAGCUGGGUCCAAGUCUAGUAGGUCGGCGCACCAGCACAGCGGCAGUAGUGGUGCGGUGUCAGAAUUCAAGAACCUUCAAGUCCACGAGACUCUCGAUACUGCAGCGAUUGGACAUGAUCCUGUCGAGCUGUUUGUGCGCGACUUGGAGCAUGCGUUUGGCUCUACUGCUCUGUUCUUCCACGACCAACAUGGCGGCCGCGUCAUCGCUGGAUUGUGGAGGCCCAGUGUCCUGGGGACUAAGGAGUGGCGGGUCAGGUUGGGCUGGUCGAGUGUGCCUGUGGCGGGAGAUGAUCAGGAAGAUGGCAAGGAUGUGUGUGUGCUCAACAAAGAUGGGAUUUUGGCUGAAAUCGCCAUGUUGGGAGAGGGCAUGGUGAAGGAUAUCACGGUCAGAGAGCAGUAG